AUGAACUCUGAUUCCAAUGUUUCAAAAGUGGAUGUGCUCAUCAUUGGAGCAGGACCAGCAGGUUUGAUGGCUGCUGCUUGCUUGACUAAAUAUGGGAUCAACAAUAUCAGAAUUGUUGAUAAAAGAUCUACAAAGAUUUAUACAGGUCAAGCUGAUGGAUUGAAUGCGAGAAGUUUAGAAAUUUUUCAUGCUCUGGGUAUGGGUUCUGAAAUUAUAAGGGAAAUAAAUGUAUUUGGUGAAGUUUGUUAUUGGGAACCAAAUGAAAGUGGCGAAAUUAAAAGAGCGUCAAGAAGUCCAGCUACUUUACCCGGCCUUUCGAAAUUUCGCUCAUCUUGUUUACAUCAAGGUAGAAUUGAGAAACAUUUGAUAGACAAGAUAUCAAAAUGGUCAAUUUCUUCCAAUCAAUCAAAUGAUCAAAAUCAAAAAAGAGUGAUUGUAGAAAGAGCAGUUUGUCCAGAUUCGAUUGAAUUACCGCCAAUUACAUCUUCGCCAUUAUCAGAUGAAGAUGAAGACCACAUCACAUUAACAUUACGACACUUGUCAGAAUCUGAAGCUCAACCUGCCCAAUUCUUACCUUCUACAAACGAUGGUCUCUUUAGAUCUAAUGUUUUUGACGAUGAAGAAUCGAGUUUAGGAUCAACGCUUAAUGAUUUACCAAUAAAAGAAAGCUUAGAAACUAUUCAAUGUAAAUUCGUUAUUGGGACUGAUGGAGCCAGAUCUUGGACUAGGAAUGCUUUAGGAUUAAAAUUGAUUGGUGAAAGUUUGAAUUAUUUUUGGGGUGUUUUGGAUGGAAUUCCUGCUACCAAUUUUCCGGACAUUAGAAUGAGAUGCGCUGUACAUUCUGCUGAAAAUGGGUCAGUGAUGAUAAUCCCGCGCGAGAAAGAUUUGGUUCGACUUUACAUCCAACUACCUCAACCUCCUGAAGGUCAAAGGCCCAAUCGAAAUGAUGUCACACCCGAAAAGUUAUUAGAAGUGGCCAAUUCAAUCUUAGCUCCUUACACCAUUCGUAUACCGAAAAUUGAAUGGUAUACUUGUUACGAAAUUGGUCAACGACUUGCCGAUUCUUGGCAGUGGAACAAUCGUGUCUUCAUUGCAGGAGAUGCUUGUCAUACCCAUUCACCCAAGGCAGGUCAAGGAAUGAACACCUCCAUGGCUGACACGUUUAAUCUAGCUUGGAAGUUGGCCCAUGUUUUACAAAAGAAGGCACAUCCGAAGAUCUUGGAAACUUAUGAAACUGAAAGGUCAAAGAUUGCACGUGAAUUGAUUAUAUUUGAUCAAAAAUUAUCUAGUUUAUUUUCAGGAAAACCGGCCAAAGAUAAAGAAGAUGAGAGUGGAAUAUCAUUAGAAGAAUUUCAUGAAAUUUUAGAAAGAGGAAAAUAUUUCACAAGUGGUACUACCGUAAAUUACGAAAACAAUCUACUCGUUGUGAAACAGACUGACUCAAAUCUCAAGAUCAAAUCAAAACCAGACUUAGCGAAAAAAAUUUCAAUAGGAACUAGACUUCAAUCACAUCGAGUAGUUUGUUUAGCAGACGCAAAAGUUUAUGAUACCUUAGAGUUGAUUCCAGCAGAUGGGAAAUGGAAACUUCUGAUUUUUCCAGGUGAUAUUCAAGGAAAUGAAAACUGCAAAGCUAAAUUAGAGAAAUUGUCCAACUUUUUAGCUGAUGAUCAAAAGAGCCCGAUCAAAAGAUUCACUCCUGUUGGGGAUGAAUCGGAUUCAAUUCUUGAUUGUAUCACUAUUGCAUCUUCACCUAGAAUCUCAUUAGAAUUAGAACACUUUCAUCAAAUCUUGAGGCCUCUUCAAGGUCAACAUGGAUUUGGCUCUUAUUUGAAAAUCUUCACAGAUGAAGCAAGUUAUCGUGAAGGCCAUGGUCAUGCUUAUGAGAAAUACGGUAUCAACCCAGAUGUAGGUUGUAUGCUUGUUGUGAGACCAGACCAACAUGUUUCAUUAAUCUUGGAUUUAGAUGACCAUCUUGCAUUGAGUAAGUCUUUCUUUUCAAUUCACACUCCCAUAGAAUCUUGUCAGGUUGACUUUUUCUACCUCUUUCUAUGA